AUGGAGGAAACGAAAGCUAAAGGAAAUUGUUUCAAAGAGCCUGCAGGUUUGUCACGUGCAAGAGAAGAUAUCAUAAGCGAACUACCUGACUCUUUGAUAUCUGAGAUUCUCUCGUAUCUUCCGACAAAGGAAGCUGUUAGGACUUGUGUUUUGUCCAAUAGGUGGAAAAGUGUCUGGCUUUUGAUUCCCGGGUUGGAUUUGAUCUCUUCCAUGUUCCCAAAUUACAAUGCAUUUGUGAGCACUAUAGACAGGUUCUUAGAUUCCUCUAGGAAAGAGAAUUCAUGCUUGCACAAGCUCAAGCUAAGCAUUAUUAAAGAUGAGAACGAUCAGUCUUGUGUCCCGCGUUGGGUAGACUUUGUGGCUACGCGUAAACUUAAGCAUCUUGAUGUUCAGUAUCUUCUUAUGAAGCGCCAGUGUCUGGAAGUGAUGCCCUUAAGCCUCUAUAUCUGUGAGACUUUGCUUUACUUAAGACUCUAUAAGGUGUCUCUAGGUCGUUUUGAGUGUGUUUCUUUACCUUGUGUCAAGACUAUGCGUUUGGAAAACAAUUUAUAUGUCAAUGAUGCUUGCCUGGAGUCGCUUAUCUCGUCUUGCCCCGUUCUUGAAGAUCUGAUUUUUGUUAAAAGAUAUAAAGAUGAUAAUGUAAAGGUUUUGCGAGUGCACUCUCAGAGAUUAACAAGUCUCAGUAUAGAAGUCGGUAUGUGUCAGGAUGAUUAUGAAUACUCUGGGUUUAUCAUUGAUGCCCCUAGGCUCAAGUUUUUGAAUAUCCAAGAUGCUACAUCUAAGAACAAAACCAUAAGCAAUCCGGGUUCCUUAAUCAGUGUCAACAUUUAUCGAUCGACCGAUAUUAGUGCUAAUGAAGUAAACUUUUUUACUAGUCUCUCAGGAGUAAGGAAUAUGAAGAUUACUUGGGGAAUUUUCGCGAAUUUCCGUACUUCCUUUAUGAGUACACGCAUGAGCCUCACGACAGUGCCUCCCUGUUUGCGGUCGUCGCUUGAGUUUGUAGAGAUAGAAAGAAAUCAGGGACUCGAUAAAUCUCUCUGUGAAAGUAGCAAUGUACUUUGCAGAGAACUCAGCAAUUUUGAAGAAACUUGUUCUACGUUUAGGUCCUUUAGGAGGAGGUUCUACGAGUGA